AAAUGAAGCCACAGUCGAGUCRGCGAGCGCAGGGAAGUGAAGCUCUUUCAGGAAGGUGGACAGGCAGACAGAGAGGAGCUGCAUCUGUCURCUCCAGCUGUGGCGCUUGUGUGUGUAUGUGUGUGUGUCACUGAAUGACAGCGAGGCAGAGCAAGCAGACAGGGAGAUCUCUGGGGCAGGAGAUAUCUGSUUUGCCCGGUUACAAGACUGAACACAGAAUGGAUUUCUGCACAAAGUGAUCGAGCAGGAGCUGCCUCUCACAGCAAAUAAUAAAAAGAAAAACAGCCAGGAUGUCAGGGAUGGACGUUCUGCAGCCGGACCAAAAUGAGACCGGCAUMACUCCGAUCGACAACGGGACUUUCCUCCGUCUGUCCCCGACGUCCGCCUCCAUGUCGGCGGCUGCCUCCUCCCCGGGACACCAGGCCAACGUUUACGUGUACGUGUGGCUCUUCCUUGGCCUGCUGGUGUUCCUGCUGACGCUGCUCGUCAUCUCCCUCCACAGGCUGAAGAACAUCAUCUCCUCCUCCUCGUCGGUCCCCGACUGCAGCAGCGAGGGAGGGAGCUCCUUCACCAACAUGGAGAUCUGCAGCGUUUCCUCCACCGUCUCCGCUCUCUCCACCUCGGGGAGCUAGGACUGAGCUCAUUAAGACUCGAGGGGCUAAAUGUGUGCAGCACAGGCAGACGUGCAUUCACAGGAGGGCCCAAAUAAAUACAGAAUGACAUUACAUUCAUGCAUAUUUUGAUCCUGAAAGUGCAAUAAUUCCAGAAAUAUGAGUAAUAAAGCGUAAAUGAAGGGUGAGAGUGAACACWUUUUUCUGGACUUUUCACCCACUGCAGUGAAGCACAAAAUGAUAAAUGCUUUUUGUUAGAUUUGCUUUCAAAGAACAGUUUUGAAGCUUUGUAAAGCAUGUCUUAUAAUACUGUACCUGCAGGUCACAUUGCAAAACUAAUAAAUAAGGCUUGCCACUUUUCAUGUCAUAAACUAGGAUCGUCUUCUGAUAAAGUGUGGAAAAGACAAUGUGCGAUGUCGAGGAUGACUUGCAGCUACGUUCACACAAAUUUUAGGUUAGAUCAGUAUCUGUAAAACUGACUGAAUCAUAGCCAUUUAUUUGUUUUUUAAAGAUCAAUUAGCUGUGAUGACCCUGCUGAAUUAGAUUGGGUCCAAAAACUUAAUCAGAUGAAUAAUUUUCUGAGUUUCACUAAAAUCUGUUUAAAGUUUUUUUAUGUUGUGGCAAUACUUUUUUGUACAGAGAUACAUGCAUGUGUCACAAAUGCUCAUUUUCGGAUUUAGGGAAAUAACUAUGAACAUGGCAAAUUGGCUUCAAAUCUCCUGAAGUCUGUAAAAAAAAGUUGCACAAAGGAGAACAAAGAGAAGCAGUGACGGCUGCAGACAGGCAGCUUUUCACUUCUGCUUCAUAUAAAAUCUGAUUCUACUUCUGGAUGACAAACUCCACCUGCGUUGCUUUCUCUUGUUUGUCAGUUCAUGUAGCAUCUGAUCUCAGUCUUUGCUGAGGCUGAAGGAAGAGUCUCUGUAGCUGUGCAGUGUUUGAUAAAGUAUUAAAAAAAUGUAGUUUACAAAGAUCUUUUUGUCCCGUUAAAUAUUUAAAAAAAUGAUCAUUUUGUUUUUUAUGAUUCCAAAGUUAGAAAUUUCCCCAAAAAAGGACUGUUUCAAGGGCAUUUUAUAUCAUUUCYACUGAUGAAGCUCCUCAGGUUAAGGUUGCAAAAGGAGUGGAAAUUUUCUGGUAAAAGAAAAUGUUCAAACAAAACAGCAACAUUCCAUGGGGAGAUUGUUUUUAUAGUUCAGCAUUGUGAUUCAAAUCAACUCCAAACAAAAACAUUCAGUAAUUUUUUUUAACAUAAAAUACACCUAAUUUCAGUAAACUCCAAAGCACAACUGUUUAUAACACUGAACCAAACUUUUUACAAAAUUCUUUCCAACCUGUUCCUACAUGUCCAGCAUCUGUUUUUUUAGGCUGUGGUCCCUCAUAUUACCUGCUAAAGCAAUGGACUCUGGUUGUUUUAGGUCAAGAUUAUUUAAAAAWUUCCCCAACUAUAUUAAAAAUCCCCUGUUGAAGCUUUAGUAUUUUGAUGCAAGCAUGAAGGAGAAGUCUGUCUUACAACCAAGGAUGAAAUUGAAAGUGUUGACUGUGGACUACUUUGCAAAACUGUCAUAACUUUAUUUGUCUGUUUGUAUUCUGCUGAGGAAAAAAGAUGUCAAAUGGAAAAACAGCACGUAUUCCAAUAAAGUAUUUUUUUCUGUGCAACA